AUGAAAACCAACAUAACUGGUUCUACAGUGCAUGACUUGGACUUCGAAACUGCUGAAAAUGUCUCUGUGGUCGCAGAGGUAGCAAACAUAGCAGCGAGUAACGAGACAAGUAUACAGGCUGAGGAGGUUUCUGUUUCCACUGAGCAAGCAAACGUUACGGCAGGGGAGGCAAUUAUCUCUGCAAAUGUACUUCAACAAACCAACAUUAAUGAAACCAACAUAACUGGUUCUACAGUGCAAGACUUGGGCAUCGAAACUGCUGAAAAUGUCUCUGUGGUCGCAGAGGUAGCAAACAUAGCAGCGAGUAACGAGACAAGUGUGCGAGCUGAGGAGGUUUCUGUUUCCACUGAACAAGCAAACGUUACGGCAGGGGAGGCAAUUAUCUCUGCAAAUGUACUUCAACAAACCAACAUUAAUGAAACCAACAUAACUGGUUCUACAGUGCAAGACUUGGACAUCGAAACUGCUGAAAAUGUCUCUUUGGUCGCAGAGGUAGCAAACAUAGCAGCGAGUAACGAGACAAGUGUGCGAGCUGAGGAGGUUUCUGUUUCCACUGAACAAGCAAACGUUACGGCAGGGGAGGCAAUUAUCUCUGCAAAUGUACUUCAACAAACCAACAUUAGUGAAACCAACAUAACUGGUUCUACAGUGCAAGACUUGGGCAUCGAAACUGCUGAAAAUGUCUCUUUGGUCGCAGAGGUAGCAAACAUAGCAGCGAGUAGCGAGACAAGUGUGCGAGCUGAGGAGGUUUCUGUUUCCACUGAACAAGCAAACGUUACGGCAGGGGAGGCAAUUAUCUCUGCAAAUGUACUUCAACAAACCAACAUUAAUGAAACCAACAUAACUGGUGCUCUUGUUGGAGAGUUGAAGGCAGAAAAUAUUCAGAAUAUACAUGCUGAACAUGUUGUGGUAUACAAUCUGCUUGGAAAUUACGGACAAGCUGAGGCAUCAGCCGGCCCCUUAGCGCCAUCAACAUCGGGAUGGACCCGUCAGGCACAGCAGACCCCAGUUUGGUCAAUGGCAGCAGCAGAUGAUGCCGGGCAGGCAGUAACCGUUCGGGAGGAUAAAAAGAUUUCAGUGGGAACGAGAGGCGUCUCACGAACAAAGAAGAAGAAAAAGAAGAAGGGAAAAUACGUAGCAAAAUUUAAGAGAGAUGUCAAUCGUGAUGCAUACCGCAAAGCAAAGGGUUCUGUGACCGACUUGUACAAAGAUCAACAGCUGGUCGAACCAGAGUUCGAAGCAAAUCCUCGCGUUCGAAAACUAUCUCAUUUCUUCAGUGGUGAAAUGGCACCGAAGAAAAAAGAAUAUCAAAAGGAAGUUGGAUUCAGUGUUUCGAAAGAGUUUGGCAGAGAAGACAACUUAGUAGACCUGAAACAAAUAUUGCAAAGCCUCAACUCAGAUGAAUAUCAGCACAUAGCUAUCGUUGGCCAGGCAGGAAGUGGUAAAACGACCUUUGUGGAACGGAUGGUUCGUGAUGUUGCAGACAACAAUAAUCUAUGUGGCGAUCGUUCUUCUCUCGAUCAAACAGAAAGGCGCUACGAAAUCAUCUACUUCGUCUUCAUUCGAGACCUUCUUGAUUCGGAGUCAAUUAAUGCGAAAGAUUUACUGUUUGGAAACAUCACAGAUUUGAGUGAGGAAAGCCAACAAUAUGGAUAUGACUGGAUCAUUGAAUAUCAGGAAAAGGUCAUCUUUUUCUUCGAUGGAUUGGAUCAGGCGACUUGGUCUCUUGGCGGACAUCAUCCCAAGAUAAAUCACAAGAAAAAGGCCAGUACAGCAACGGUGAUGUACAAUGUUAUCACUGGUCAUCUUUUUCCAAGAGUUAAAAAGGUCAUGUCCUCCCGCGAGCAUUGCAUAGCUCCUCUCACUGGUGACCUUCGCCCCCAGCUAAUCUACGCAUUAGUAGGUUUGAGCCCAGAUGACGUCAAGAGGUUAUUCAUCGCACUCCUUCGUGAUAUCGGCCAACAGCAAUGGGAUCGGAUGUGUUCAACCUCUCCUGCAAUUAUCCCGCUGUCUUCAGUUCCAGUAUUUUUAAUAUACAACGCCAUUGUUCAGAAGUUCAACCCGGAAAAUCCACCAGAUACCAUGACAGGAGUUAUGUUGGAGAUCCUUGAUAUUCUUCUGCAAUCUGAUCAUGUCAGAGAUAAGCAGGUUCUGCACAAGUUGAAAGAAAUGGCUUUUCGUGCAAUGAGCGAAGGUCGAGUCGUUUUUACAAAAGACGAAUUAAAGAAGUUUAAAAUAGAUCCAGAUUCAAUUCAAGACUUGGUUAUCAAAGUACCAGGCCGCACAAGGUCAAGUCAUUGCCUGCUUGAAGGAACCCAACAAAUAUAUUUCUCGCACCAGGUAAUUGAAGAGAACCUUGCCGCCAUGUUCGUAUCAGAAAUGGGAGUGGGAGAAUUUGAAGAAUUUGUGAACGAGUUCAUUCAUCAAGAUCAUUGGUCGGUUGUUCGCAAAUUCGUUUGCGGAAUUCUUCUCAACCCAGCUUUGGCAAUAGACUGGCCUUUACAAAUGCUUCAAAUCAGGGGGUGGCAAGACAUUCUCAAUGCAUGUUUUAUAGUUAAAGAUAAGAAAGCAAAAGAAGAAAUACUGAGAGGUAGCUUGAACGAACAACUGAAGGAAACAAACGAUUCAACCGCUUUGAUGGAAUUGUUCGGAGCUUUGUACGAGUCGAAUGACGAUAAAUUGAUUCGAUCCCACGUUCGUGAUAUCGAUUUCAAGGAAGCAACAAUCAAUCCCAGUGGAAUGCUGGCAAUAUCGUCAGUUAUGCGUCGAAGUGGAAAUCUAAAUCUUCUGCGUUUCUCCGAAUGCAAUCUCACCACAGAGCUAUUUGAUAUCAUGAUGUCGAAUCUGAAGGAUUCACAGCUCAAGGUCAAGAAGUUUGUCCUGGGCAACAGAUUCAAUGCUGAAUUAUUUGCUUCUGUUACAAAAUUCACGGAAUCUUACGUUGAUGAAAUGGUGUUGGAGGAUUGCAGCGGGAAGGAUGAAGUUGGAAUCAUCAGUAGAAGCGUUAUUUCUAAGAAAGUGUUUAUCAACGAGAUAAAUUCGCAUGGUAACAAGAUGUCAGAACAACUCAGCAUUGAAACGGGAAUCGUUUGUUCCAAGUAUAAUGUUGAAUGUCUGAAUCUGAUCAAAGCCAACUUGAGAGAGACUAAUCUUCGUACUUUCUUGAAACAUGUUGGGAAUGGUAAAUUCAAGGAACUCUAUGUCAGCGACAAUAGAAAUCUUGGUGUUGGAGGGGUGGCAGUCACAGGUAUUAUUGUGUCACAAUGUGAAGUAGAGAAGGUUGUAAUGUGGGGCUGCAAUCUGACAGCGGAAGAAAUGAAAGCAUUCAAGGAAAAUGUUCGGGAUGCAAAGUUCAAGGAACUCGAUGUCAGCGGCAAUAGAGAUCUUGGUGUUGACGGGAUGGGAGUCACAGGUAUUAUUGUGUCACAAUGUGAAGUAGAGAAGGUUGGAAUGCUGGAUGCAAUCUGACAGCGGAAGCAAUGAAAGCAUUCAAGGAAAAUGUUCGGGAUG